GUUCACUUUGUGAUCAGCUGUCAUCGUUCGAGUUCUGCUCCACCCGUGCUAAUUUUGAGUUACUAUAAAGUUGCGCGCGCAAUCAUGAAUCAAGCUCCAGUUUCGUGUAUUCCGAACGCGAAAAUGUCAAAGGCGAAGAAAGUUAUCGAUGAAGCGAAAGAAAUCCAGAAUCCAGAGUUGGAUUUAGCAGAUAAAGGAAUAGCAUCGUUUGAAGAACUGCCUGGAUUGUUUAAUAUGCUCAACAUAACAAGAUUGACUUUAAGUCACAACAAACUCCAAGUUGUACCACCUGGCCUUGCAAACCUCAUUAAUUUGGAGAUCUUAAAUCUUUUCAACAACCAAAUUGAAGAGCUUCCUACUUCAUUGUCUUCCAUGCCAAAGUUACGCAUCUUGAAUGUAGGCAUGAAUCGUCUGGGGUCUCUGCCUCGAGGUUUUGGUGCAUUUCCAGUGCUGGAAGUGUUGGAUCUGACAUACAACAACUUGGAUGAGAGUACAUUGCCAGGGAACUUCUUCAUGAUGGAAACACUACGUGCCUUAUACCUUGGUGACAAUGACUUUGAGUUCUUACCAACGGAAGUAGGACAGCUGAAGAACCUACAGAUACUGGUGCUACGUGAGAAUGACCUGGUGGAACUGCCAAAAGAGAUUGGUGACCUUGCUAGACUACGUGAGCUGCAUAUUCAGGGUAACCGCCUGACUGUUCUGCCACCAGAGAUUGGCAACCUUGACUUGGUGAGCAAUAAAUCUGUCCUCAAAAUGGAGAACAACCCGUGGGUGACACCCAUCGCAGACCAGCUGCAGGUUGGAGUGUCCCAUGUCAUGGACUACAUCCGGACAGAAACAUACAAAUAUGUGUACAGCCGUCAUAUUUCUGCAGACAGACAACCUCCUCCUAAAACCAAUGACAAGAGCAAGAAGAUAUCCAGAGCACGUCAACAAAGUUAAGUGCAGAAUUUAUUGGGUCCCUUAACAGAGGGUAGAAGGGUGUUUGUAUACGAGAAAAAACAUAACCUCAAAUUCUGAAGAUCACCCCUCCCCCCCCUCCUCACAAGUAUUUUAACUAAAAAAGCAGGCUUUUAUUAAUGAGUAAAUGGCUUCCAAAACAAUGCUGAUAUUCAUAAAUAAGGGAUGCCGUUAUUUAUACAGAUGCUGUCUACAUCAAGUGAUGUUUAAGUAGGAAGAUGGCUGUCUUUCUGGGAUGUCUCAUAACACCCCAAAACACAGCCACUAUUUAUAACUUUUAACAUCAGUAAACACCAUUUGGUUUGUGCAUUCAUACAUAAACACUAUGCACAUGUGAAUGAAAACCAUUAUCAGAAGAGCAUCUCUCAUUUGUUUAUCUUCCUAAUGAGCUGUUACUUUCAGGUGUAUUUUAAUAAGAAAUUUUUAAAUUAUGUACAAAGUGGACAAAUACAUAAGUGUAUGCUUGUAAAUAAAGCAAAAGUGUUUGUUCACAGACACAUUAACAUAAAUAAUCAGAAUUAUAUGUUUUGUAGUAGUAAGUCCACAAUUUUGUCACAUUCUCUGAUCCAUUACAAGCAGUCAUUGAAAAAAAUGUAUCUUUGGCUGAAAGUGUGUAUUUUGUGUCAUUCUAUAGCAUUUAUUUUGAUGGUGCCUUGUGAAUCUAAAAAAUAUGUGCUAUGGUUACAAGGAAUCCAAUGAAAAAAAAUAAUAUAUGAACUGAUUAUUUUAUUAAAUGUUUUAUAGUUG